AAGAUUAAGAAAAAGCGAGAUGCACCUCCUGGUGAAAAGCCAGAGCCUAUGAGGACGCAUCUUAGGAACAUGAUCAUAGUCCCAGAGAUGAUCGGCAGCAUCAUUGGCGUAUACAAUGGAAAAACCUUCAAUCAGGUUGAAAUCAAGCCCGAGAUGAUUGGUCAUUACUUGGCUGAAUUCUCAAUAUCAUACAAGCCCGUGAAGCAUGGAAGGCCUGGUAUUGGUGCUACUCACUCCUCCAGGUUCAUCCCUCUGAAGUAA